AUGGCCGACUUUCUGUGUCGGGAAAGACAGACAGCUUCGGCUUCUUUGAAGGCACAGUAUGGAACAGAAACGGGCAAAACACAGUUGAACUCUGUGCUAAAGACACUACUUUAUCCGGGAAAAGGUUUUACCAAAGACACUAAAGAUUGGUGCAAGUGGUUAAUUGCAGGAGGCGAAUGUCCUGAUGUGUUUUUAAGAAAGUUACGAGAGUACGAUAGUUCACAGACUUGUGGUUUAGUAUGGCACAAGAAUUUUGUAGCGUAUAGGUGUCGAGACUGCGGUACGUCACCGUGUAUGUCGAUAUGUGCUGACUGUUUUCAUGGUGGGGACCACAGAGGACAUGACUACAAUAUGUUUCGAAGUCAAGCUGGAGGUGCUUGUGAUUGUGGUGAUGAAAAUGUUAUGAAAAAGGAAGGGUAUGUUUAAUAUUUGAAGCACUAAAAUAAUGUUUAAAAUAUGCCUCUGACAUGUAUGCUUAGGUAAAAUAUCUUAUGAGUUGGUAAAAUAUCCUAGGUACUAUUUCAGGAGCUAUAAAAUAUUUGUCUGAUUAAAAUUCAAACCAGUGUGGCUUUGGUAGACUGAUAUGUAAGGGUGGAUAACAGAUGUGCUCGACAGUUGAAAAAUAUCUGGCUGAAUACUGGAUGUUGUGCAUGUAAGGUUCGGGGCUUAUUUAUGGUUAAAUAAUAAUUUCAGGUUAAAGUCUGAGUCAGGCACACUUAGGCGUAAAAAAAAAUACCUGUGGUUCCGGUUCCCGACCGACCCUAUUUUUUUCUGCUGACCCUAUUAUUUUUUCAACGCGAUUGACCGUGCUACCCUAUUUUCUCCAGGUGGUUGCGGGCUGCUCAUACAGUGUGCCAAAAUGGCGUCUGUUGUCACAAUAAUUAUUGAACCAAAUUGCCUCAAUUCGUCCAUAGGAAAUACGCACCUCUAGUUAAUAAUGAUGUCGGGACUCUACUGCAAAUCGCCCAGCAAAAAAUCGGCAAAACCAUGAAAAAAAUAUUAAAAAAAAAAUUUAUUUCCGACCUACCGACCCUAAUUUUUUCACGAUAUGAAACCGGGACCACAGGUAUUUUUUUUACGCCUUAACACGGCAGCUGUCCAACAUCCUAUGGAUGGUCAUAUUUGAAUUUUAGGCUACCUUAUUUACACUAUACCGCAUAGCUUUUUGUAGUGGUGCGAAAAAGCACCUAUCCGAUGCAGAAUGUGCAACUUUCAGAAGCUGAGCAAAACAACAUCUCCCUGUUACAAUAAUUUCUCUGAAAAUAGUGUUCCAAAAAGGUAUGGAUCUACAUACAGUAGGUGUUUGGAAAGCUAUCCAAUUAAUACACUGUAAACAUAGCCUUUGAUGACCACUUUUUAAUGGACAGCCUUGGACAACCAAAGCAAAUAUUUCAUUACAGUGCCCCAAACACAACUGCUCUAUUUAUGAGGUAUUUUAAAAUCAGUUUUUCAGUAUAAUAAAUACAUUUACUGUAGUUAUGUUGUGCUACACAUGCAUAAUGACUUGCAAAAUUUGAAAGCUUUUUAUCUUGGUCAUUUUCAAUUAAAAACACUCAUAAAAAGAAUGGGUGUUGUUUUUGAAAUAAACACCAAACAUGGACAAAAUUUAGUGUUUCCAGUUGAUAAUAGUCAACAUCUUCUACAUUCUAUGGUAUAUAUAGCAGGUCAUGCAUGUGUGAUGCAAUGUAGGAUAAUUGCCAUAUCAAACAUAUUCACAAACAAGCAAAGGAACAGAAAUUUGAAAAAGAAAUUAUCUAUAGGUUUAAAUGUUCUUUCCAAUGAAACAGUAAAAUUUUGGUGUUAGGAAAACUUUAAUAACCCAUUGAUCACCAGGCAGCACUCUUCCCUUGGCAAGUGAAAUUGUUUGCUGUUAGACAGAGCAAAGGGGUGUAAUGAAACUUAACUGGACACAUGGGUAGAUAGUCUGAUUAACCAAUUUAGCACAAGUUAGGGUUUAAAAUUUGAAAUUCUUAGCACUAUCCAUAUAGUGACUUAAUCUGGUGUCCACCCAGAAAAUCUAGUAUCCCACAGUUGGAUAAUAGAUAGACAGUAAUCAAAUACUGAAACAAUAAAGGGAAAACAAGCAUUUAUUUGCCAAAAAACCCCAGAGCCACUGGAAAAGAGCAUGCAAAAUUUGCAAACACAGACAUGGUGAAUGAUAACACAUACUGUACAUUCAGGUAUGAUAUGGCAAAAUAUAAACAACAACAACAAAGUUCCUGUGGAAAGGAAUUUGUUUUUGUUUAAUGUCCCAAUGGAUCCAAAGCUUGUGGUAUCCAAAUUUAAAAUCUGGUAUCCUGUGGAUAUUGGGAUAUUGCAAAUUUCAAGCCCUGACCAGUGCUCUCCCCUUGAUGAGUAAAAUUAUUUGGUGUUAGACAGAGUAAAAAUAAUAUAGUGGGCACAGUUGGGGUGCAGUACAACUUAAUGGGUUAAACCACUGAUAACCGUUGCCCAUUGGCAUUUUCCUGUCAAACAUUCACUGGUACAUGUACAUACAGUAUGUACCUAUAUUCUCACAAUAUUAGGCAGCUGUCAAAUGGUGCUCAAUGGGUUAAAUGUCAAUAUGAACAUUUACAAUAGGAAUAUGAAUAAUGCAGGUAGGAAUAUUGAAUGUUGAGGUAAAAAUAUUCUUAGUACACACUAUCAAAUCUGUUAAUAUAAUCAGCGUUAUUUUAUAUGAUAAAGUAUUGCACUAUAUUAACAUAAUUACAGCACUCAAGAUAAAUACCAAUCUAGGGAUGCACCGGAAAUUCAGCAGAUAUUUCUAACAUGGCCGGAUACUGGAUAUUGUUUAUAUAAAGUUCAGGCCUUCUUUUCAGAUUAAAAAAUGAUUUGAUAGGGUUACAAAAGUAGAGGUGUUUGCCAAUUUUUGCUUGAAAUCAUCAUAGAAAGGCCUGGUAGUAUUUUCAAGAUUUUUUCGUGCUUGUUUGUAAAAGCAGAUUGACCUUUGACCUUUGUGAGUAGGGCUUUGUAGCCAUGAGCGUGUACCAUUAUUAGACUGUGAAGUUCACUCCUAUUAUUUUAAGUAUUAUUUUGGAGUCAAAAUGUUAGAAACACCUUCACUUUAAAAUUAAAAUUAAACAAAACAGCUGCAGAAUGUUUAUAUUUAACUUAUUUACUUUUGGCAAUUUUCCUGAGCAUUGGAAACACAGUAAUAGAGGUUUUGCAAACAUUUGCUCAUUUGUUGCUAAGCAGCUGCUUUUCUCCCCAGAAACUUACUGUAACAUUGACAAUCCAAGUAGUUUGUGGAUUGGACAACAAAAUUCCUACUUUGACAUAUAUGCAUGAUAUAUUUAGGCUAUAAAAUAAACAUAUUCCAUGCCAUGUGGGCUGUGAAACAAAUAUUUCUGUGUUAUUCAUAAAUUUAAUUAUUUAAUAAAUCCUUGAAAGAUUUUUAAUAUUUCCUGGCUGAGAAGUUUAAUGAAUGAAAGACUUCUUUCAGCGCUUUCAAAGAAAUCAAAAGUGAAUAAUAUUAUACUAGAGAUGAGCUGAUAACAAAGAAAUCCAAUGUAGUCAAUACCAUACAGUAAGUUCCAACACAGUGAUUUCGCUCAUAUUGGCUGAUAAUAUUAAAUGAGCAUAAAAUUUUGAGGAAAAAUGUUUAGGUACUGAAAUUUACAGCAACAAAGGGGUGAACCUUUUGGCAACCUAAUCUAUACUGUACAAUUGGCAAUUGAAACACCUUUUAUAUUAUACUGCACUUGGUGAUGUCGUAUAUACAUGUCCAAAAUUUCAGAAUCAUUCUCAUGGUAUGAUUUCUAAUUACGCGAUAACAGACUCAAAACGAAAAUGUUUCAUGCACUUACUACAAAGCCUCGUACAAACGAUCAAUUUUCCUUAACAAAUUUUCCUUGACAAGUUUUAUUUGCUCGCGUGUACGGAAAAAAAUGAUUUCCUUGCCAAGGAGCCUUGUUCCACAGCUAUCAAUAGUCAUGCCAGCUUUUUUCUUCGCCAAGUGAAACAUGACAAGUGCACAAGAACUACUUCUGUGGUUUUGGCCAACAAAAGGCGGUCUUGAGAUAAAUGUUCAAUAACAUUCCUUGCAUAUGAGCAACAAAACUUGUCAAGAGAAAAUUGUCAAGGAAAACUUCUUGACCGUAUACACGAGUAAGUAAACUUGUCUGAAAGGAAAACCUGCUCGUCUGUACUGGGCUUAAAUGCAUGGAGAAAAGAUCUGCAACGUUUGGUAGUAAUGGUAGAGUCAGACUGGUAUAGUAUUCUCACAUGUAUGUCAGUGAUGAGAAAUUACGAUCACACAAAUGCACAUUCAUUUGUAUCAAUCAAACUCCUGUCGUAGAGCUAAAAGACACAUAAUACGUUCUGGGUAUACGAGGUUGGUUAGUGUGGAGUUUCAUUCAAUUAAAGUGUGCUAAAUAUUUCAUGACGACUAUUUACGCUUGUCUGAGAAACGGUGAAGUGUUUAAAUUUUAUUACAGAAUAAUCCUGUGAAAUAUUAAAAGUUGUUUGACAUUGUCUUCAAUAGGAUACGCACUUUUAGGUCCCUAGACUGCCGCGCUCUUCUCAUUAUUUUUUUAAUGCCAACAUGGAUUGGGAUUAUGGGUAUUCUGGUUUCCUCUGCACUAGUACUGAACCAAUAUGCAUGGGAUGACACUUAUACUGGACAUAAAUUGGGGCAGUUUUAACCACUGUGUAUCACCAGAAGUCAUAAGCUCAUUUAAUUCAAAUGCAGUUAAUGAGUAGAAAUUCAGGUGAAGACAAUAGAAACUAUUGUUGUUAGAGUGGUAUCAGAAUUACACAGGAACUGGAACCCCAUGUACAUAUAACCAACACUUUGAGAUCGAACCUGACUGUCCGUCAUAGAGGUAGUUGUUAUGGUUAGAUUGGAGGUGUGCGUUAUUCAGAGGUUUCAAUAAAAAAGAUGUUACAUAAGUACAAAAUCAGGACCUGGACUUUCUGUUUGUUGAGUGAUGUCCGUUGUACAGAUAGUCCUUAGUAGAUGUCUUGUUGUAGUGUUAGUUGGAAAACUUGCAUAAAUACUGUGUAUUACAGAUUUAUUCUAAGUAUGUCUACUGUUGUUAGGUUUUGUACUUCUCAUGGUAAACACAGAUCAUCGUCGUCACGUCCUCCCGCGGAUGCGCUGCAUAUGGCCAAAGCUGUAAUUCCUCAACUGUUUAAUAGACUGUACAAAGAAGUUGAACCGCGACAAAAUUCAGGUAUUGGCGUCGAAUAUCUCUACUCUAUAUAACGCUAAGGUAUAGGCUGAGUGAAAUAUUUAAUGGAAGUUAGUCUUUUUUUAUGCAGUAUACCGGAGAAAAUUAUGGUUAUAGCUGUUUCACUUGUGUUCGAAAAACAAAAUGGACCAAGCCAUCUUCUUUCCCCCUAUGUUUAGAAGUUGUGUCUUCUUUUGUAUUGUCUCGAUGUAUGUAACUGUGUUGCAUCAUCCUGCUACCUCCUCCGCAGGCCUUACUGUACCUUACGAAAUCAGGGCGCGAAAUAACGGCUGGAGGGUCGGCGGUCAAGGUGACCGGCCAACUCAAUAGCCUGCGAACAGGCUCUCAAGGUGAAAUGAGAGCCUGCACUGAUGAUAUACAAUUUUGAAUAUCUGCCCCGUAACGUUCGUUUUUCCAAAUAUGGAAUGUCUAUCCUUAUAUGGUGUUGUUUACAACUUUCGUGCAAACUAAAUUUAGACCGUGCAAACUAAAUUUAGACCGUACAGUUUAUAAUGUUUUUCGAAAUAUAAGAUAUUCAAGCAAAAGUUGUUUUAAAUACUGUUGUCUCAAAACAGAACAUUUCGUGCUUUGAGAUAAGAUGACCAAGACCAAUUUGAUCAGUUAAUGUGUUUUUUAUACAUAGUGCUUCAGCAGUUGACAUAUAGAGUUCAGCGGAAACAUAUAAAUUAUAGCAUCUGACCAAUGAGAAUUUCGCGUCACGAUUUGAGACGCAGAUAUUCAAAUUCAUUAGUCAUCGAUGCAGGCUCUCAUUUCACCUUGAGAGCCUGUUCGCAGGCUAGCCAACUCAAUUUUACCUCGGACAUACCGAAUUUCUGGCCGGUCAAAUUAUUCAGCUUAAAGCAAAGCCUAGUAAAGUAUACCCCUAAAAAUGUGGGUAUUUUCCCAGUAUAGCAGUACAAAAAGCCUUACUGUAAUCAGUAAUUAAAAAUUCCUUCACAUAAAACAGCUUGUACUGGGCUAAAAGCAUGGUCUUGGCUCUUAAGCCAAAGGCGUGGCCACGGCCGUUAUUUCGCGCCCUGCGAAAUUUGGGAAUUCAUUACAACCCAUUGAAAUGAAUAGAACUGGAACGCUACCUUCAGAUAAACUGCCUAUCUUUUUAUUGAAGCCAAAUCUGACGGGUCAAAACACGCGCGUUUAUAUGUCUCUCGCGGCACACUUUUAAUCCAGAAAAAUGCCCUUUCAAUAAUAAAUUAUUAGAAAAAACUAUAUACAAAGAAAAAACUAUAUUUAAUAUACAAAGAAGUUUUACCUGAAUCAAUGCAUUUGAGCGCUGUUAAAAAAGUUUUUUUUUUAAAUUUUAAGCCGGUUUUCAAGAAUUCAGGUUGAUGGAUUGAUCGCGCUCUUCGCAUGCGUGAAAAGACUGGGACCGGCCUUUAAGUUUGGUUGCCUUCAAAUUUUCGGUUGGAGGUAGCGUUCCAGUUAUACUCGUUUCAAGGUUACGGCCUGCGGAGGAGGUGGAUCAUCGUGCGUUAGUCCAAUCUCCCUUCCAUCACAUUAUCUUUUCCUUUGACCCCCUGUGAAUCUCUGUCCUCCUACAAGUUCCUCCCAUACCGUUUUAGUCAAGAUUGUUUACCAUUUACAUGGAAAACCCAUCCGGUUUAAUUUGAAAUUGUGCUAAUGGUAAGCAAAAUUUCGGAUAGAAAAUCCCAUUCGGAUUAUGCGCUUUCCAUUUAGAGUGACUGACCGGAAGGCACUGAAGGGUUGUUUACCAUUUACAUGGAAAACCCAUCCGGUUUGAAUUAAAUCGCGAAGAGCCUGGAACUGGUGAAAAAAUAAAAAAGAUGUAAAUGGGACAAAAUUCACAGGUUGAAACGUUCCAAUCGGUAAGAGAGGACAACCUUUUCAAACAAACCGUUCAUUCUGGAAAAGUUCCGGUUGGGCCGUCGAAAUAUGGUUGUUCCAUUUACUUUCCGUAUGGAAUCACCGGAAUUUCCAUGUAAAUGGUAAACAACCCAUAUGUCCUUUAUACAAUCAUACAACCGAAUGUCAAUUUUUGACUCACGGAUGUUGCGAAGCAACAUCUGUGAGUCUUUUUGGUUACUUGAGUGUGACGCAGUUAAACAAUGGGAAACGACCAGCCUGCUUUGCGCGCACUGUUUGCCUGCGAAUCGGGCCUUUCAGAACCGGAAAUCGGGCUGGAGCACGCGUUCGUUCUUUUGAUUUGGCAAAAGAAGCACGACAAAUGGCAAAAUUCGCUCGGUGCCCGUUUGCAAAAACAACUGCAAACUGCUCUAAUUCUUUCUGUCACUUUCAUUUGAUCUCAUCCGUGAGUCGGCCUCAAUGGCCUUUGAUUCUUCCUUCAGCUCUAUAGAGACUCAAGCUAUUCUUUUAACUAACCUCCUUGUAUCCUUCAUAGCGUUUUCACCUCAUUCUUAUAGUUUAGUUUCAACCUUCCUCUGAGCCCACAUUUCCGCUGCACACAGCGUCACCAUGUCAUCUAACAACAGUUCGGAAUAGAACAACACAAAUAAUCACGUCCUCAAAAGUAUAUACUUCUUACAUUCAGUUAAUUCUAAUCCUUUCCUAACAGAGGAUUCUAUUUUAUCCGGCAAUGAAGACGUUGAUGAAAUUGUGGACUUUCUACAAGAGUUAUGCGAAGGAGAAGUAUUACGGAGUGUAAUAUGUGAUGCUAUGGUACAAGAAUGUUUUGAUAUUAGUCAGUCUGAUCAAGAGUUAAGACGUGUUGAUAGUGAACAAUCGUGUUCAUCUUUUCACUUUCUAUCAGCCAUAUGUUCCUAUGAUAGCGCUAAUAAUUGUUAUGAACGUGAAUCGGCAAGCUUUUUAGAUUUAUUAUUGGACAUUGUGAUAAAGUUGGAUUUUCCAGAAAAGUUGGUCACCUUUCUUCUUCAGUUGUUGCCCAAUCAGGAAUACAAGGUAUGUACCGGUAUGAUGCAUGUAUUCAGGGGGAAGAUUUAAACUCUGGUACAAGAUCAAGUCUGGUAUCUUAUUAAUAAACUCCCCCCAAAAUUCCGUUUGAAAAACGGAAGAUAAAUCGUUCGAACCUGAGGCCAAUCCAUAAAGGCAUCAAAAGUAUCAUGCAAAUGAGCCUGACUAAAUACUAAGAAAUUACGCAAAGCGUUAUGACAAGAUUGUAUUUAAUUUAUUUCUCAUGUCAGAAUUUGUUGGUGGAGAAGGAGAUGCUGCCCUAUAUAUGCUUUUAUGUUCAUAGGCGUGAACAUGCAUAUUUAUUCCAUAGCUGAGGCCAGGAACAAAAUGUCAAAAGAAUUUUUUGUGAACGUCUUUCCAACAAUAUGGUCAUAAUUCAAUUAUAGGGUUCCAGUGUGGAUACUGAGGGGUGUAUUACCUCUUAUUUCAUGAUUGACUCGGUUUUCUUUGAUGUACCGCGGGCUGUAUAUAGCAUAAUGCCCUUGAAUACCAUAAAGCCCUAAUUAGUCAAGAAAUAAGCGAGAAAACAAGAAAAAUACUUGUCGAAAUCGAAAAAAAAAGAAUAAAACUUUGUUAGAAAACCUCUUCAAUCAUGAAAUAAGUCAGUUAAUUACCUCGAAUGUCGGGCUUUAUGCUAUAUAAAGCCCUCGAACGCUUCGCGUUCUCCGGGCUGUAUAUAGCAUAAAGCCCUCCUUCUCGGUAAUUAACUCUUACUUGACGAAUGGUUUUCGCUUGAAACACCAAAAUUUUUUAAAAUCUUUUUUUCAGGUACUGUGAAAACCCUCAUAAAAGAACCAGUGGGUUAAGAACCACCAGUCUGAAAUUUAAGCAGUUAAGCACGCAAAACAAAAGAAGCACUUCAGGCUGACAAGUGAGAUUGGUUGUUAAAACCCCUUUACAAUGCAUGUUCUAGGGCAGGUAUUGGCAGAUUAUUAUGUUUGAUUUAAUACUAUUGCAAAUGCAAAAAUAUAAUCUGUUAGUACUCACCGAGGAUACAUUUACCAAAUCCUGAGGCUUUUAAAUUGCAAUUAUUAUGUACAGCAAAAUACUGCCAACAGCUCUGUAUAUUGGGAAAGAAAUAAUUUAAAACACUAAACGGUUUAAACCAGGAAUAACUGUUUUUGAUAAGAAUUAAGAACCUGCAGUUAUGAACCGACUCAGCCUGCAUGAUUUCUGACUAAGUACCUAUAUACAGUAAGAAAAUUGUGCAUGCUGGUUCUUUUAUGCAGGGUUUUUAUCGUACUGUAUACACACGCAAAAACGCACAACUUGUAAUAAACUUGCAACAGACUUGUACCAAUUAUCGUUUCAACAACUUAUUAUCAGUAUGUGUUCGCAUUGCUUCUUCCUAUAGUUUGUUGUCAAGUUACCAACGGCUUGUUGACAAAUUCCUACCAGGUUGUUGUUAGAAGUUGUUCCAAUAUAAUGUUAUUGUCCUGCAAUUCAAAAAUUUGUUACCAAGUUGUGAAUGACAACGUUGUAUACCUACUUGAUAAAAUCAUAACGUUGGUACAUACAGUAUUUUUGACAAGCUUGUUGACAAGAUGUGAGAUGAUAAAUGAACAACUUAUUGAUUUUUAACACUGGUGAAUUAGUGAUUUGACUUUCUUGUUCUUCAUAACGUAAAAGUACAGCAAUAUUAACAAUGACGUUAUUUUUAUUUAACAAGAUUGCCUUUACACAAAAGUUUUGUCAAAAGUACCAGGAAAUUGGUAAAUUAUUGACGCUGUGUUCAACGUUACAUGAAGUGGAACAGCUAUCAAACAGUAUCGUUCAUAUUAGUGUGCAACUGUUUAGUAAUCAGUCUCUUGUGACAAAGAUGGUUCAAGAACAAAAUUUAUUGCAUGUAAUGGUUAAAGUUUUGUUGGAAAUGAUGAGAACAACGUUACAUCCCGUGAAGGUUAAUGGUAAGUUCAUGUAAGGUACACAUAUUAUAUUAUAUUAUAUUCCAGUUGAAUAUGGAACGGCAGCUGUUUUGUUGUAACUUUCAAUAAACAUUUUGACGAUGGAUGUUCUCAAGGCGUCGAGACUACGUUGUAAAAAUAAAUGCGCUUGCUGUUUUCCCCAGAGUUUUAGUGAGGGAAGGACUCUUCUCAUUUGCGAUUAUACUAUCGAGCAAAAUUAUAAUCAGACAACUGCAUAGCGCCACAAAAAGACGUUCAUACAAACCCACGAUGAUUAUAAGCUAAAUUCUAACAACAUGUGCAAUAAUAGAUGCAGUACGUUAAUUGUUAGCCUGCGUCGCUAUCUUUUGGAUUGUUUACUAAGUCAUUUUGCAAACCAAAUUGGUUGUGAUUUACUGAUUUGUUGCUAUAUUUGAGCUGGAAAUUAUCAUUCAACAUUUCGCAUGUUCUCUUAGGCCCCAGUUACACGAUACCGGAUUCGCAUCGGAGCGACAUCAAAUUUUACUGCUUCGAGGUGAAUUUGGCACUUAAAAUUAUGAUCAUAUAACAUAAUUAAUUAUUCAAAUAUGAAAAGUUGUAAGAGCAGACAAGACUGGAAAACACCUUAAAUUGAUACCGCUCCGAUACGAAUCCGGUAUCGUGUAACUGGGGCCUUAAUCAACUUUUCCAGUGAAAUAAACCCGAAUUCGUAUUAAUUUGACUUUUAAGGAAUGUUCCUGUUUUCCUUUUUCACAGGUCAGUUAGUAGACCAUCUGGUAAUCAAUUGUGACAAGGAAGUGAUUAAAUAUCAUUGUUAUUGGCCAAUCAUCAGUGAUUUUAUCAAUGUUGUUACUCAUCAUACGAUUGCGUACAUUUUUAUGAAAGAUUCUGAUUUGCUUGAGAAGUGGAUGAACUUCGUAGCUUGCGUAACAGGUAUGUAUCGAAUCAGGUCUUUAAAUGUACCUAUAAUUUGGGCUAACCAUCUAUGAACUGGAUGAUCAAGAUAUCAGACCCUAUAAAUGUUAGAUACCACACCUCUCACUGUGAAAUCUAGUAUUCUUAGUCACUGCUAAAGCUCAGUCUUAAUACUAUAUAAACCCAGCACAAUUAGCCAUUCCGAAGUUGAUGAGUGGACUGGGGACGAGUGUUAAAAGUGCCCAAAUUAAGAUAUGAAUCAAAUCACUAAAACGACCACCUCAAAAUUUGUAAGUAUACAAAGUUUGAAGACGUUUACAUGAAUACCCUUUGAAUAAUAAGCUUUCGAAAAUUGUGAAAUUACUGAUUAAAUGAUUGUUUUUGGGACGCGCGUCCCCCAAAACAAAAAUUACAGUACAUUUCAGAGUAAAUAUCGCGAUUUUCGAAAGCUUAUAAUUAUCCGAAGAGUAUUCAUGUAAAUGUCUUUAAACUUCAUUUCGUAAUUUGGGCACUUUUGAACAUUCGUCCCAGUCCUCUCAUCAACUUCGGAAUGGCUAAUAUUCUACACCAGCUUCGGAAUGGCUAAUUGUACCAGAUGCUAGCUCGCUUUUACAAGGGAAGUCGGACUAAAAACAGAGGGAAAACGGCUAUAACAUAAUAUUGGCUAUUAAAAUAGGCACGUCCAUAUACCAUAUUAAUUACUGUAGAUCUAGGAUUAACUUUGUCACGAUGUACAUCUUUUACAAGGGAUGAACUGUAAUGAACGUGUUGUGACGGAGCACAUAAAGUAUGAACCAACUACAUACAAUGCAGCGUACUUUAUUGAAAUAGAGGCUGCUUCCUCUCCAAUGUGGAGUCUUAUUGCUGCCUCAUCGGUCUUGGUAAGUGUCGGUUUUGGUUAGUCUAUAUUCUAUCUAUUCAAAUGCGGUUAAGCAAAUCAUUUGACAUGUAGGUUAAUAAGUCGAUGUUAGGUCUGCGCUGUGCGUGAUGUGACGUCAUUAUACCUUAACGAUUUUUCUCGCACCUUAUCAUCGUGGUCUACAUUUUUGCUCUGCCUGUCAGUUACUUUGAUUAGCUACAGUCUAUCUUGCUACUGCAUGGACUAACUAUUUCUAAGUCUCAAACAUGAAAGCGGUCUGCACUGUGUGGGCAUUCAAUGACGUCAGUAUCCUAAGGAAAUCACGCCUUAUCCUUUUGAUUUGUUUUUUGCUCUGCCUAUUGUCAGCUACAUUGAUUACUAAGUUACAGUAUAUCUUACUCCAAUACUAGUGUGAUUAGCUAUAUCUUGCUCUGCCUAAGCUCUAACUUUCCCCGCUGGGCUACAGUAACUAUUUUACAAAGUCUAAAACACAUGAAAGUGAGACUUAUUGCCAAGGUGUGGUUUUCCAGAAGAGUGUAUUUGGACUUCAUUUGAACUUUUUGAUUUGGCGUUCAUUGCAUGUCUUCUCAAUUUAUUUCCUUUUAUUUUAGAAUGACAAAACGUGUAUGUUAAAUGUUCUCCAGCAAAUAUCGGUGGCAUUGGAUAGAUGGCAAAAGAAAGUCGCUCUGCAGGUAUACAAAAUAUUUGAAAGGACUUGACUUUGGAACACUUUUGAAUUUUAGUUUUCAUGCAUUACACUGUAUUUUCCAUUUCUUACUAUUAAAAUGGCGUACAUGACACAUUUAUUCCUGAUUGCUUUUGUCAACGCUUUCUUGAUACGUUUAUAAAGACAGGAUAAAAAACAAUUAACAUAUAUAUAGUUACGUACUUGUCUACUUGACAAUAAAUGCAGUACCUACAAUAGUAAUUUAUUUAUAUUUUGCAGCCUUCAAGAGCUGAAGUCACCUUUCAUCUUCCUUUACUUCGUUGUUUUUCUGCAUUUGUUAAACAGGUUUGUUUUUACAAGUAACUUCGAAGCUGAAAUUCCAGUCUUUUUAAUUAAAAAGAGUUGUUUUGUCGUCUGUCCAUUCUAGGCAAUGCUACAGUUCAUGAUAGAUUUUGAGGAAUUUAAAUUUGAUCUUGGUCUUCUAACUAAGUUACUGGAGUGGCCAACAUGCAUUCAGGUAGGAGAGCUACACAACUCUAUGUACAAGAUUCAUAUCUCUUUGUUGCACUAUUUAUUACACUGAGAAGUUUUAUCAAUUCUGAAUUCCCCUUCCCCACCCCAGAAUUGAGAACCAUUCCUUUAUUGGUCCAGUGUUACUGCAAGAGGAAAGCAUUUCAAAGAGUCAAACUGAAACAAAUGCAAUCGAUGUUAUAGUGUCAAACUAUUCUAAGGUGAUUUUGAACUAUUCUUGUUAUUUUUUCUGAUUCAUCUCGAUAUUCUAAUAUAGGCUGCAGUUUGUGAGAUCAGAACUGGUAUGUGGGCUCGUAAUGGACAUCAGAUUCAUGCACAGAGUGCCUGGUACCAUCAAUGUCAUUUUUCCAACUCCAUGCUCGAUUUAGACAUCUUCUUUCUUCAGGUAAAUUUUCUUCUUUAAAAUUUUCUUGCAAAUUUUUUAACCAAAUGGAACAAUGCGAUCAUUUCAUCAGUCAUUAUAGACUUUCGCAAAGUCAAAGACAUCAUUUUUAUUUUACUCGCUAUGGAAAAAUUCGCUCAGAAAACCUAUGGAAAAAUUGAAGAGGUGAACUUAUGGCAAGUCUAAUCAGUCAUCAGCUGCUGUAGUAUUUAGAUAAGGGACGGCAAUACAACCACAACAGCAGUAAUGACGUGGAAAACACGCAUGGCAUCACUAGGAAAUUAGCCAACUUAGGAUUUGGGAGAUGUCAUUUGAAGCCAACCUAACUAUUACGCAUGCGUAACAGCACACAACCGUACCACAAGCGUGAAGAAAUACUGUUGAAUAAAGAUCAAACCUUAUGAUUCCGAAAUUUUAUGGCACCGCAAUCUCGAAUUUGGACUGAACCAGGUUUGAAGUCAUCGGACAGGCGAAGCUUUGGAUUGGAACAAACCGCUCAGGCUUGAAAUCUGGUUUUCAAUUUCGCUGGUAAUUUUUUCGGUACACGUUCACCGCGUUGCCGCCCUGAACCUUAAUCAGGGUCCACAGCGGUCUUUGAAAUUCUUGAAAAUCUUUUAAUUUGAAUGUAAGUCUUUAGGGUCUUUGAAAGGUCUUUGAAUUGUAUGUAAAAGCGAAGAAAGUCUUUAAAAGUCUUUAAGUUUGUUAGUGAGUACAGUAUUUGCUAUAUAUAUACAAUUCCGUAGCUGAUAACUGAUAAAAUAGAUCGAUUACAGCAAAAGAAGGCGCAUUUUAGGCUAUGAUUUUAGGAUGCGAUUUAACGGGACCAAUUACCGAGUAGAAAUGGCGCUUAUGCAAUCGCAAUUUUUCAAUAGCUGAUUGCUCUCAAAGGUCUUUGAAAAGUCUUUGAAAAUAGGCUGAAAAUAUUUUUGGCAAGUCUGUGAUUUUUUUUCCUCUUGGAGACUACGAACCCUGUUAAUCCCCCCCCCCCUCCCAAUAUUGUCAGAAAUAAAAUAAUGAAUCAAAAUAAUGAAGCCAUGACUCUUUGUACUGGUGUGGCAUGAAAUUUCAACUCAGAGAAUUUGGGUGUUUUCUUCCAGAUUUGCGCUGCACAAUUGGAUCCCGAAUACUUUCUAGGUGUUUUAAUUGAGAGGUAAGCUUUUUAAACUGCUUCAAAAAAACCCCGCUAUUCAUGACGUUUAUAAGAGUCUUUUAACUGUAUAUUUUCCAUAUACUGUAUGUUUCUAAUUUAGAAUUCUAAAUAUGGUAAAUGGUAAUGAAAUAUUUUCGAGUGACUAACUAAUGAAUGACAAAUAAUUUUUCAAUCACCAUACAGAUUUCGUGUUGAGCAUUGGUUUCAGUUUCCCAGUGAACUUGAGUCAUGUUCUCCUGGUAUUGAUGAUGAUAAUAAAGAAAUGAUGGUGGAAGGUGUACUAACCUUGAUUCUAACUCUCUUGAGCUGCAGACUUCAUUGUGGUAGGUGGCAGCAAAAUUCCAACUUCCUGCGUAGGUAGGUUUCUGAGAACGUAUGGUGAGAAUGUAUGGUGAGAAUGUAUGGUGAGAAUGUAUGGUGAGAAUGUAUAGUGAGAAUGUAUAGUGAGAAUGUAUGGUGAGAAUGUAUGGUGAGAAUGUAUGAUGAGAAUGUAUGGUGAAACUUCAAUCUCUGCAUGCACAAGACAAUUUCCAGUUCAAAUUGAAGCAUUUUUGGGAGUUUUUAAAUAAUAAACAUGUUAUGGAAUUUCAGUUUCGAUAUAAGAAAAUUCCCGGCGAAGAUAUGUUGUUAAAAAUUUCCUGGCAGCGGCGUUGCUGGUGCUGCCAGCCAUUUCCAGCACUGGUACUGCAUUGCUUGUCAUCUGCAGUCAUGGAAUUUCAGUUUCGAUAUAAGAAAAUUCCCGGCGAAGAUAUGUUGUUAAAAAUUUCCUGGCAGCGGCGUUGCUGGUGCUGCCAGCCAUUUCCAGCACUGGUACUGCAUUGCUUGUCAUCUGCAGUCAUGGAAUUUCAGUUUCGAUAUAAGAAAAUUCCCGGCGAAGAUAUGUUGUUAAAAAUUUCCUGGCAGCGGCGUUGCUGGUGCUGCCAGCCAUUUCCAGCACUGGUACUGCAUUGCUUGUCAUCUGCAGUCAUGGAAUUUCAGUUUCGAUAUAAGAAAAUUCCCGGCGAAGAUAUGUUGUUAAAAAUUUCCUGGCAGCGGCGUUGCUGGUGCUGCCAGCCAUUUCCAGCACUGGUACUGCAUUGCUUGUCAUCUGCAGUCAUGGAAUUUCAGUUUCGAUAUAAGAAAAUUCCCGGCGAAGAUAUGUUGUUAAAAAUUUCCUGGCAGCGGCGUUGCUGGUGCUGCCAGCCAUUUCCAGCACUGGUACUGCAUUGCUUGUCAUCUGCAGUCAUGGAAUUUCAGUUUCGAUAUAAGAAAAUUCCCGGCGAAGAUAUGUUGUUAAAAAUUUCCUGGCAGCGGCGUUGCUGGUGCUGCCAGCCAUUUCCAGCACUGGUACUGCAUUGCUUGUCAUCUGCAGUCAUGGAAUUUCAGUUUCGAUAUAAGAAAAUUCCCGGCGAAGAUAUGUUGUUAAAAAUUUCCUGGCAGCGGCGUUGCUGGUGCUGCCAGCCAUUUCCAGCACUGGUGCUGCAUUGCUUGUCAUCUGCAGCCACAGGUGCAGUAAACCAAACACUGACAGAAGUUCAUUAUCAACUUUUUUUAAAACUUGAGAAAAAGAACAGAUUGCACAUGCGGAAAACGCAUUUAUAUUACUGAGCUCAGCAUGGUUUGAUCAUACAGAGGUUUUAUAUAAAAAUAAUAUGAUCUGAUGCACAAAAUUCAUGUAUUAUCAAUUUUGCUUGAAGCAGCACUGGAUUUAUGUCAUGUUCUCUCAGAUCAAACAUACCGCACCAUUGUUUCCCAUAUAAGAGUACGGACAACCUUUCCUAAGACGUAGCAUUUUAAUACCUUAAACUGCACACUAACAUAAAAAAUAUAAUUGAAUAUCAAAACAAACAACACAUGCACAUGCUCCUUCAAAAUCGCUCAUGUUUAAAUUUUCACAUCUUGCAGGAAUGGGUGUAGAAGAAACAUUGCGUUUGGAAAUGGUUACGCUCUUAUGUUUCUCUGACAGAACACAUAGUCAACUUGUUGAUCUCAUAUCCUUUUAAUUUAAUUACUACUUGUUGAACGAGAACAUGUCGUAUCUAAUUCUGAGAAAGUUUCGGAUUGAUAAGGAUUAGUCUACCUGAAAAAUACAAGGAGAGGUAGGAUGUAAGGCAGUUGUAUCCCUAUCAAUCCAAAGCUUUCUUAUUACUGGCGCCACUGGCACAAACCGUUCAUACCUAAUUCUACAGAUCAUAUCUAAUUCUAUAACUCCAUCCCAAUUUAUAUGAAGGAACCCUUCGUCAAUUACGUCAUCAUCUAGGGGGGAGGGUACCUAUUUGGAUUAUAAUUGAUUACAUUGGGUUGGGGUUAUUGGUGAAGAUGAUAUGUCAUCAAUAAUGGAGAAGAUAUUCACCCAUUACCAAUCAGAUUUGGCAAUAACUAAUUAUUUAUAGGUCUAUGAGCAUAAAAAACAAAUUACUAAAAUAUAUUUAUAUUUCCAGUUAUAAUAUUGCUAUUACUAGAAGUAUUGAAUAAUCUUAAGACUAAAAGAUGAUGUAUUAUUUGUAAGUGGCUAAUUGGAUCAAGCUUAGUUAAAAGUUAAAGUGGAAGUCAAGUCCGUUCUGCGCAUCGGUUCUGCUCAUAACAAUGUGAGGACCCUCUAAUGUAAACAUUGCCCAAAUUUCGAAUGUUUCGAAUUUUUCUGAACAUAAACUCUUUUUCAUAUUCAUUUAGAAGCAUAGCGAACCAAAAUAGUGUUAGAUAUUCAGACAGUACAUCAUAUUUAAAAAAAAUACAGCAGUUCAAAAUGUAAACAACCGUUUGUUUACAUACGGACUUGACUUCCACUUUAAAGUAAGCACAUAUAUAAUGAAUCCUUUCUAAUUUUUUGCUUCUAUAAGGAUGGGGAUAUAGAGUAAGGUAGUUAGGCUGAUGACGAGGGGGCUUAAAAUAGCCCAAACUUUGAUGACGUAAUUGUUGAAUGGCCCCAAAGUGGUCCUGCUCAUGACUAAGUAUUGAGAUAAUAAUGGUAAGGCACUAUAUAUCUCGAGCACAUAUGCAUGCCAGUAAGUCUCUAUAAACAUCAACCUCGUACUUGUGGCUCUCAGAAGCCCUGGGUAUGAGGUUGCUAUAAAGAUCUAUAAACGUAUGCAUGAAUACUGCUCAAAGUGCUCAAGAUACGGUAGUUAUACAGUUAUACAGUGUAUAAAGAUGCAGUACAGUCUGUUUACAUGUGUCAGGUUUUUUUUACAUUUUUUGUAUCCAAAUAAUGAACUUUAUAAACUAAAUAUAUUUUCCUGCUUCCAGAGUAAAAUAAAUUAUCACGAUAGCACGUUCAUGGUUUGGAAGAACGCACGUAUUAUGGCGAUUCUAAUGUCCGCAUGCGCAGAGCAGACUUCACCGCAUCUUUAAGAAUGUUUAUUGGGAUUUAGAAGAACAGUUAUAUGAAUGUCAGCACUAUAUGAGAAUUUUUUCUUAACUUUAUCACGUACCAGAGCGAUAUGGUCAAACAUUGAAUGCCCAACUCUUUGAAAAAAUUUUGAAUGAGGUAAUGAACUUUAUUAUAAUGUCUUGUUUUGUUUUUUAUUAGUUUAAAUAGCAUCCAAGCACAGUUCCAAUUUGUUAUAAUGAGAGGACUUUUCUUUCACGGUUACAGUGUUUUGUGGAGUCUUUUCUUACAUCUUGCUAUAUGGGUUGUCUUAAUCCGAUAUGUAUCUUGCUCUGUGUUUUAGAUCUCUGAUUACAAACAUCCAGGUUGUGACAGCAGUGGUAUGCAACAAGGAAUGUACACAUUGAAACCACAAUUCUGGGAAACACAUUUUGAUCCUGUUCAUGCUUUAUUAAGAGCAUUCAAUAGACGAGAAUUUCAGUCUGCAAUGGAUCGAUAUACUACUCAGUAAGUGUCAACGGUAUUCCAUUUUGUUGAAUGUGCGCGCGAGUUUUAUGCAUGUUUCAAUAACAUACUUGCAUUGACUAGCUUGUUUUUACAAAUUGGCAAUUUACAAAAAUUGUGAAAUAAUUAGGUUCAGUGUUAAAACUAAUGCAUGUACAGUAUUGGUCACAUAAAAUAUUGGGACUGUGAAUUUACAUGUAUAAGAUCUCAACGUGUUCCCGUUCAUUUAAUUUGUUGCUGUAAAUUUUGGUGCAAUUAAACCUUUUUUGCUUCAAUUAAAUGCCUUUUUUUCUCUUAUAAUGAAUAAAAUACCAGGUUUUCAUGUUUGAAAAGACGUUGUGACAACUUAAUUACUUAGUAAAUCAGCUAUCUUUUAGAGAUCUUAACCCCUGUUUUAAUCUUUCGCCACCCCCUCCCGUCCUAAAGUCCGCCCGUGAGUAUAAUAAAUAUUAAACUUGUUUUAAUCCAUUCUGCAUCGCAUCUCUUUUCUUCAGCUUACGGCAACAUAACUCGUCGUAUGUGACAUCAGCAUGGCCACCAUUUCGACCUCUUACUCCAGUUCCAAAAUCGUUUAACGGUCUGUUUAGGUAUGUAAUUUUCAACAUGAUUGUGCUUGUAUAUUUGGAUAUAGGCCUUAAGAAUCUUUUUAACCUUUCAUUAUAGUCUUACUACCCCUGAAUAACUUACUAUAGGCUGGGUUUCUAUUUGUAUCAGAGUAACAAAAUCCUCUUCCACUAUUGCUGCCUUUAGUUCGUCAGGGUUUCGUGUUUCCCACAUGUAGUCUCUGCUUACUUUUCUUUUGUGAGACCAAGUUAACUGCAAAAGUCAGUAUGCCAUUUACAUGUAUCACACGUUUCAUAUUAACUAUCAGUAACAAGCUUUCAAACAAUCUGAUUCGAUCUAAUCAAGGGUAGAGUGAAAUACACACACGUUUUGUAUGUAUGUACCGCAAAGUUUUGUAAAAUGUAAUGAAUAGUACAUAUAUGCUGUUUUGGAUUAUUUAGAUUACUUCACUGCAAGAAAUUACAUCAGAUGUUAUACUUAAUAUUGUAUAAGGUAUUGUAAAAGAAAAAGUUAAAAGUUAUAGUCACGCAUAGAAACUCAGCCAGUUUGUGUAAUUUACAGUAAAGUUCUUUUAUUUCAUGUAAUACUGUUCAACUAUAUUGAUGUUUUUCUAUCAUAGGCCACGUCAAAUGUGACCCCAUUAUCAGAAACCGUUAUAUAUUUAGCAGUCCAUCUAAUAACCUUAGCAGUUCAGUCAUCUGCUACAUGUUUUCAAAUGGUAAGCUAAUAUUAUAUCUUCUGUACAGUAGUAAAAAACGCAUAUUACAGGUAUAUGUUUCGUUAUUUGUCAGGUGCAUGUGUUGGUUACUAUUUACCUGUUUACCUCCACAAGAAGGCUAUAUUUCCAGUUUUAUAUUUUUCUCGGUUGUUUGUUUGUCCUCGUUUGAGCAAGGCACGUAAUUUAGGGAAACUCUCAUGCAAACUCUCUUGAACUCUCACUCUCGUUUGACAAGGGCUUAAUAUAAUUACUGGGCAGCAAAUGCAUGUGUUCAACAUCAAAAGUAUUGGCCCUUAUAAGAGCAACAUAUUGCAUUAAAUCUCUAUAUUAUAUAGUUCUAUCAAACGCAAAUCCACUACAAAGGAUAGAAAUAGUCAAUUUAUUUUCUUAGUUUUAGAACUGCAGGUUGACCCCCGUUCUGCUACACAAUGUGCUUAGUGCAUCUACCUAUUCAUUAAUUCAAAGUACUGGCAUUGGGGCUGGCAUGGUUCAAAUGGGUGUACUGCAUAACAUUUUUGUCAGAUCAAUUAAUAAAUACUUUAAAUUUUGUUGCAUUAUAUAGUUACCAUGCCCCUAUCGACCUUCACUAAGUGAUGUUGGCGACACAGGUUGUGUUAUCGUAACAAAGUGUUUACAUUUCCUGGAUCAACACGGUAAGUAAGAUUUGAAACUCCUAGUGGUUGCGAUGUUGGUCUAAUUGACGCUCGGAUCAUCACCAUCAAUGGUAAUGAUGAUGAUCAUGAUCAUGAUCACGAUCAAGACACAAUCGCACGUUACACGGGACAUCUUCGCUGCAGCAUUCUGACUCAGCCAAUGUUUUGUAAAAGAGAGCAACAUAGCAAUUCUACUCCAUCUAUGUUUACUUUAUUAAAUGUACCAAGAGACAUGCUGCAAAAAUUAAGUGAUAAAAAAUGAAGUCAUCAGUGUAAAUGAAAAGUUGUACUGUAUUUUUUGGUGAAUAUAAUUGCGUACAUACAUCAAUCUGAACUCUGAAGUUACAGCAUAAAUUACCUCAUUAAUAACAUAUGCUUCAAAAGCUUUACCAAUUAAAACAGUAAUAUCGUGCUAUUUUCCACAAAUAACGUAAAACAGUUAUAUACAGUAUUUUUGCUCAUGCAGGGGCGGACACUUCGCGAAAUAUUAGGAGGAGGGGUCGAAUUUAGGUUGGCACCAUAUGACCUCCUUUUGUUGCGGUUGUCCCCCGCCCUCCCUUAGUGUCUGCCGAAAACGGGGUAGUUACGUUAGCUAUUGUACAUAUUAGUAUUGUACAUAUUCUUAAAGCAUGCUGUUUUGCUAUGUAGGCAGCAGUGUGAAAGAUCUUCAUGCAAACGAAGACUUCAGUGAAAUUAAUGAGACGUUAUUGACAGACCUAAUGUAUGGUGAGUAUAAUUUAAUAUACAGGGACAAGAGCCUCUUCAGAACUGUUUACUUUCCGUUAGCAAUCUACAAUCAUGGACAAACCUGUUAAUAAAACUAAUUAGCAUCAUAAUGAU